AUGAAAUCGCCCGACCACGACCCAGCGCCGCGCGUCCACAGCCUCGGCGCGACCUUGGUCCUGACGUGCACGAAAGGCAACGUCGCGGGCUCCGACGCGUACAUGAGCUACCGGCUCGUCGUUGUCUGUCCGCGCUCCAAGGCGUGGUGGAUCUUGAACCGUCGCUACUCGCACUUCUACGCCUUGCGCCAGCGCCUCAAGGAGUUUGCGACCGCAGGCCACGCGGCGCUUAAAACCGUCGUUGGAGCCGCGUUCCCGCGCCGCCGCUUUGUGUUUGCUGUCGACAACAAGAGUGUUGUAGACGAGCGUCUCCGGGGCCUCCCAGCCUUCACAGCCGAGCUCGCGCGCUGGCUACCAGUCGCCGAGCCUAGCGGCGCAUAUGGUCCGAGCUACCUCGCCGCGACGUUUCUCCAACUACCAUACCGGCGGAGCGCCGCACCGGCCAAAGCACCGCACGACAUCUUUGGCGUCGCCAACAGCGCCAUGAGCGCACUCCACGCCAAGGUCUUGGGCAACGACGCCAAGGACCUCGGUGCCCGGCCGCCGACGCCCGUCGCCUCCAAGUCGAUUACACCGACUGCCACAUCCGCCUACUACAUGUCGUCGGGCUUGACGACGGACCUCAUGGCCCACGUUGUACAGUACUUGGAUGGCGUCAGUAUCGGGCGGCUGCAGCAGACGUGUCAUUUCUGGCAUGCGGAGCUCGACCGGUACGACGCGCCUGUGUGGCGCCGCUUGCUCGCGACCGAAUUUCUCAUUGUGCACCCGCCAUCGACCAUGCCGUCCGUGCUCUCGUACAUUGCCGCGCGCCAAGAUCGCCUGGACGCCGAGCUCCGCCACACGCAGAGCAUCGCUGCACAGAGCUCUGCGCUCGAAGCGUACACGGCUACCGAGGCGAACCACGGGAUCGUCGACGUCUUUUGCGACAUGUGCUACUUUGAGGACCCACUGGUUGGCAUUGCGAUCGCCAAGCAGCGCUUUGGGGCGAUGGCCAUGGUCGUUGUCGAGACGGCCGACCACGUCCGGCGCUUCCGCAAGCGAUCCACGCACGUGGGCCCGAUCAACUUUGUGCCGCUUCAAAACCCGCACUGGCCGAGCAUUGAGCUGCCUGCGAUGGAUGGCGUCGAUGGCUGUCUCGGAUACGCGUUCGACCUCGUGCAGAUGGCCCCGGGGCACGACAUGGCGCUCAAAGACACGGUCGUCCGCGCGAUUUUGAAAAACAUUGCUGUUUUUGAAACGCGAGCGCAAGCAACCACGUUCCAGAAUGCAAUGCCGCAGCACGUCCCGACGGUCGCGCUCGACGACCCCGGGGCACCGUUCGAGCUCUGCUUUGCCUCGCCCCUGCGCCAGCACUUUGCACAGUACACGACGCGCGACAAGAUCGACCGGCUCCGGCGCCUCAAGGCAGCCUGCGAAACAUCCCACGCGGCCGUCUACGCGCGGCGUUAUCCGUAA